AUGGACAGCCCGGCUGCGGCUGUCGAGCAGCUCAAAGACGGGAAUGGCGAAAUCGAUGAGUCCCUUUACAGCCGGCAGCUGUACGUGCUAGGGCACGAAGCCAUGAGGCGCAUGGGCUCUUCCAACAUUCUAAUCGUUGGCCUCCGAGGGCUCGGUGUUGAGAUCGCGAAGAACAUUGCUCUGGCUGGUGUCAAGAGCCUCACACUCUACGAUCCAAGGCCAGCCACGCUAUCAGAUCUCUCUUCGCAGUUCUUCCUGACUCCCAACGACAUUGGGCAGCCCCGCGCCGCUGUUACCGCGCCGCGCGUUUCCGAGCUCAAUCCAUACACACCCGUGUCUGUACAUCCUUCGAACAAUCUCACCUCGGACCUGAGCCAGCUCCAAAAGUACCAAGUCGUGGUCCUGACCGACACGCCCCUUCGCGACCAGCUUACGAUCGCCGACUACUGCCACGAGAACGGCAUCUACGUCGUGAUCACGGACACGUUCGGUCUGUUUGGAUCGAUAUUCACAGACUUUGGUCCAAGUUUCACCUGCGGUGAUCCCACUGGCGAGAAUGUGCUCAGCGGCAUUGUGGCAGACAUCGACUCCGACGGCCUGGUAUCUGCGCUGGAUGAGACAAGGCAUGGUCUAGAAGAUGGGGACUUUGUGACAUUCGCAGAAGUCGAAGGCAUGGAGGAACUGAACGGCUGUGCGCCGCGCAAGAUUACGGUCAAAGGUCCAUACACCUUCUCGAUUGGCGACGUAUCGGGGCUGGGCGAAUACAAGCGCGGCGGACUUUACACACAGGUUAAGAUGCCGAAGAUCAUGGAUUUCGAGCCCCUGAGCAAGCAGCUGAAGAAGCCGGAGCUCUUGAUGUCCGAUUUCGCCAAGUUCGAUCGACCGCAGCAAUUGCACGCUGGCUUCCAAGCGCUGCAGUCAUUUGCGGAGCAACACAAUGGCGAGUUCCCAAGAGCGCACAACGACGAAGACGCCGCGGAGGUACUGAGCCUUGCGCAAGGCUUCGCCGGCGAAGGCGAGGACAAAAUUGAGCUGGAUGAGAAGCUGAUCAAAGAGCUGAGCUACCAGGCGCGCGGGGAUGUUGCCCCGAUGGCAGCUUUCUUUGGAGGUCUGGCCGCGCAAGAGGUGCUGAAAUCUGUCUCUGGGAAAUUCCACCCGAUUGUACAGUGGCUCUACUUCGAUUCUCUCGAAUCGCUGCCAACAUCCAUCAAGCGAUCUGAGGAAUUAUGUCAGCCGAGAGGUACCCGCUACGACGGACAGAUAGCGGUCUUCGGCAGUGAGUACCAACACAAGCUCGCCAACACCAAGCAGUUCCUCGUCGGCGCUGGCGCCAUUGGCUGCGAGAUGCUGAAGAACUGGGCGAUGAUGGGCUUGGGGACUGGACCAGAGGGCAAGAUUUGGGUUACGGAUAUGGAUCAGAUCGAGAAGAGCAACUUGAACCGGCAGUUCCUUUUCCGGCCAAAGGAUGUUGGCAAGCUGAAGAGUGACUGUGCAGCGGAAGCUGUACAAGCCAUGAACCCAGACCUGCAAGGAAAGAUCGUCGCUCUAAAAGAUCGUGUGGGCCAAGACACGGAGCACGUUUUCAACGAGGACUUCUGGGAAGGACUGGACGGCGUCACCAACGCCUUGGACAACGUAGAAGCCCGGACGUACGUCGACCGACGGUGCGUCUUCUUCAAGAAGCCUCUCCUGGACAGCGGAACGCUUGGAACAAAGGGCAAUACGCAAGUCGUGCUGCCCAACAUCACAGAAUCCUAUUCGAGCUCCCAGGAUCCGCCAGAACAGUCAUUCCCGAUGUGCACACUGCGGAGCUUCCCGAACCGAAUCGAGCACACAAUCGCUUGGGCAAAGGAUCUGUUCCAUUCCUACUUUGCCGGACCGGCAGAGAUCGUCAACAUGUACCUCACCCAGCCAAACUAUCUCGGCAGUGCGCUGAAGCAGUCGGGCAAUGAGAAGCAGACGCUCGAGACGCUGCGCGAUUUUUUGGUGACUGAGAAGCCACUAAGUUUCGAUGACUGCAUCAUAUGGGCCCGGCACCAGUUCGAGAAGCAGUACAACAACGCCAUCGCGCAGCUGCUGUACAAUUUCCCAAAAGACGCAAAGACCUCCAGCGGGCAGCCGUUCUGGUCAGGACCAAAGCGAGCGCCGGACCCACUCAAGUUCGACCCAUCGAACCCAACCCACUUCACCUUCACCGAGGCUGCAGCGAACUUACACGCCUUCAACUACAACAUCAAUCCCAAAGGCGUGACACGUGAUCACUACCUCAAAGUCCUCGAUGACAUGAUAAUUCCCGACUUCAAACCCGACCCGGGCGUGAAGAUCCAAGCUAGCGACGCAGAGCCCGAUCCCAACGCGCAGCCCUCCGCGCACUUCGACGACAACGCCGAGCUGCAGAAGCUGGCCGAGUCCCUGCCGCCACCUAAGUCCCUCGCGGGCUUCAAGCUCGAGCCCGUCGAGUUCGAAAAGGAUGACGACAGCAACCACCACAUCGACUUCAUCGCCGCGGCCAGUAAUCUGCGCGCCGAGAACUACAAGAUCCCGCCUGCGGAUAGGCACAAGACAAAGUUCAUCGCGGGGAAGAUCAUCCCGGCCAUCGCGACCACGACGGCGCUGGUUACGGGGCUGGUGAAUCUCGAGCUGUAUAAGCUCGUGGAUGGGAAGACGGAUAUCGAGCAGUACAAAAACGGCUUCGUGAAUCUGGCCCUGCCGUUCUUUGGGUUUAGCGAGCCGAUUGCGAGUCCAAAGGGCACGUACAUGGGGACUGAUGGCGAGGUGACGAUCGAUAAGCUGUGGGAUCGGUUCGAGAUUGAGGAUGUGCCGCUCAGGGAGUUCUUGGACGACUUUAAGAAGAAGGGGCUCGAUAUCACGAUGUUGAGCUCGGGCGUCAGUCUGCUGUAUGCGAGCUUCUAUCCGCCGGCGAAGCUGAAGGAUCGGUUGCCGUUGAAGAUGAGCGAGCUCGUCGAGACAAUCUCGAAGAAGAAGAUCCCGGAACACCAGCGCUAUGUCAUCUUCGAGGUCACGGCCGAGGACCAGACGGAGGAGGACGUCGAGAUCCCGUACGUGAUGCUCAGGCUCAGGAAGUAG